AUGAACGACGUCAGUCACGAUGCCUCCCUCGAAGCCGACUACCAGGAGCUGAUGCCACCGUGGGCCUACAGUGUAGCCGCCGUGACGCUGUUCUUUAUAGGGUUUUUCGGGUUUUUCCUCAACCUCUUCGUGCUGGCCCUCAUGUACAAGGACAUUCAGCUAUGGACACCGAUGAACAUCAUUCUGUUCAAUCUCGUUUGCUCGGACUUUUCCGUGUCCAUCAUCGGCAAUCCGCUGACGCUGACGUCCGCCAUUUCCCAUCGCUGGCUGUUCGGCAGCGCCAUGUGCGUAGCAUACGGCUUCUUCAUGUCACUGCUAGGCAUCACCUCCAUCACGACGCUCACCGUCCUCUCGUACGAGCGGUUCUGUUUGAUCAGCCACCCGUUCACGGCCCAGAACCGCUCGAAGCGGGGCGCCUGCUGCGCCGUCCUCUUCAUCUGGAGCUACUCGUUCGCCCUCACCUCGCCACCCCUGUUCGGCUGGGGCGCGUACGUCAGCGAGGCGGCCAACAUCAGCUGCUCGGUGAACUGGGAGUCGCAAACGGCAAAUGCCACCAGCUACAUCAUAUUUCUUUUUCUCUUCGGAUUGAUAGUCCCGCUCGUGGUGAUUAUCUACAGCUACACGAACAUCGUGCUCAACAUGCGUAAGAAUUCGGCCCGCGUGGGAAGAGUGAACCGUGCGGAACGGCGCGUCACCGCGAUGGUGGCGGUGAUGAUCGUGGCGUUCAUGGUCGCCUGGACGCCGUACGCCAUCUUCGCCCUGAUCGAGCAGUUCGGUCCGGCGGAGCUGAUAGGGCCGGGCCUAGCGGUGCUGCCGGCGCUCAUCGCCAAGUCGAGCAUCUGCUACAACCCGGUCAUCUACGUCGGCAUGAACACGCAGUUCCGGGCCGCGUUUCAGCGGGUCCGCCGCGCGAAGGGGCAGCCGGGCAGCAACAACAACAACACCACCAGCCGGGAGCGGGACUCCCAGGGCACCACCAAGGACAUGGUGGAGUGCAGUUUGGACUUUUGCCACUGGAAAAUCCGCACCACGAAGGACGACGUGCGGCACUCGCGGAGCGAUCGGGGGUCGCGGGGCGACGACGCGGAUGGGGAACCGUACGGCACGAAGGAGAGCACGGACGGGGCGCCGGGCUCGGGUACGGGCACGAGUACGGGCCGCAGUCUGGCGAACGUGCUUGCCGGUCCCGGGCGGGCCAAGGUCGUCCACCAGGACUCGGAACUAUCUGUGAUCCACGAUGGUAGAAUACUCAUUAUCAAAUCUCAGCUACCACGAGCGAACAUGCUGUAG